UCUUAAUAUUUAUGCAUGUGACCUUUGACCGAUUCCAAAACGAGGUUAUACCCGCAAAUAUGGCAGCUGAUCACUGCUCUGUACCUCAGUGUACAUCUGAUGCGAGAUACAACAAUUCACUUUCGUUUCACACAUUUCCGAAGGCUGAAGAUGUGCGAAGGAGAUGGAUAAUUGCCAUUCGUCAGGACGAAGGACCCUUCUUUACGGACUACAAGUACACACCGGUAAGGAAGACCCUCAAGCAAGGAUCUGUGCCAUCCAUAUUUCCUUGGAACUUGGAAAAUAUGAAGUCCAGAAAAGCACCAGCCAUCCGCCAUCCACUGAUGCCAAAACAAGUUAUUUCAUGGGAAAGUUCUGAAAAUGCAAACUCCAUGUCAGAUUGUGACCCUCAUGCUGAAGGUGAGCACCAGUUGUCAGCUCAGACCCAGACAGAUAUCAGUCUGUUUGAUUCACAGGUGCUUCUAAAAAGAAUUCAAGAGCUUGAGGAGGAGAAAGAUUUGUUAAAAGAACAGCUCACCCUUGAGAGAUUUGGACUGGAAAGAUUUGCUGGAAAUGAUGAUAUGAUCCAGCUUGGUUUACCAGAACAGGAUCUUGCUGUUCGCUUUAACUGCCAUAUUUCGACUGUUAGCUCCUCGAAAAAUUAUCACCUGGGCAAAUUUUUCUAUUUUGUUCUUGGAUCAGUUCCUAUCUGGCCUUCCAGAGUGACAGUAGACAGACACAUGCCUCCUGAAUUUCAGAUAACUUACCCAUCUACAAGAGUCAUUUUAGAUUGUACUGAGCUCAGGAUCCAAAUUCCCUCAGCUUUGGUGUUAAAUUCCAUGUUUUACUCCCAUUACAAGAGCUCUUGCACUCUGAAAGGUCUGAUUGGCAUUGCCCCAAAUGGUGCUAUUACCUUUGUAUCCAAUCUGUACACAGGUGUUAUGUCAGAUGUUGAAAUAACUAAACUGUCUGGCAUUCUAGAUUUGCUGGAACCUGGGGACAGUGUUAUGACUGAUAAGGGUUUUACUAUUGCCAGUAUACUGAGUGAGAAAGGUGUUGGUCUGAACAUUCCUCCAUUUCUGUAUUCCUCUGACAGUUCACGCCUAGUGAAGUAUGGGAGACACAGUCCAUUGCAUCCCUUAGGAUUCAUGUAG